UGUUCUCAAUUGACGAGUAACUUCAUCCACAAACAAAAAGAAAAAUGUCAAGUUCUCAAAUUCAAAUCUUGAAUUUUAGAAAACCUGACAUUCUUUUACCACCAAAACCUCUAAACGGGAGAAAGAAUUCCUAUUUUCCUACAUAUAAACAGCAAGUACAUAUUGCUGAAAAGGAGAAAACAUUAAUUGUUCGUGCGACUACCAUCGAUGUUAAACCUUCCGAGCUUGCGCAGACUCAGCGUUUAACUUUCAAUGUUAAAGUUAAAGUCCGCGGUUUGUUCCCAGGAUUUAAGACUUCCAACCCUUAUGAUACAUUUGUUGUAACUCUUGGUUUGGAACUCGUUAGUGCAGAUUGUGAUCCAAGCACAGGGAAGGAGAAGGAAACAAUAAAGGGUAUAAUAAAGGGAACUGUUAAUAGUUCAGAUGAGGUGACAUUAGAGACAAAUUUCAAAGUUCCGAAAGAAUUUGGUGUUGUCGGAGCAGUUUUGGUGGCGAAUGAACAUCAUGAAGAAGUAUUUCUCCAUGAUAUAGUUCUUCAAGGCAUUCCGAAUUGGCAUCUUAAAAUUUCAUGUGAAUCAUGGGUUUAUCCCACAGAUAUAGUUCCUACAAAAAGAAUUUUUUUCACCAACAAGUGCUACUUACCAUCAGAGACCCCACGUGGAUUAAUGAAGUUAAGAAUGAAGGAGUUGGAAAAUUUGAGAGGAAAUGGACAUGAGAAGAGAAAACCAUUUGAGAGGAUAUAUGAUUAUGAUAAAUACAAUGACCUUGGCGAUCCCGAAAAACACCCUAAUUUAGAAAGACCUGUUCUUGGCGGAACCGAAUUUCCAUACCCCAGGCGUUGUAGAACAGGACGCGCAGAGACGGGAAAAGGUUCAUUGUCAGAAAUUAGGGAACGCCCCGUAUAUGUUCCGAAAGAUGAGAAAUUCUCUGCGAAGAGAAGUGAUGAGUUUGAAGGAAUUUUGAAGGAGCUUUAUGGAGUAGUUUAUGGUCUGGCGCCCACAUUAAGUAAUGGUGUACAAGACAUUUCAUUCUCAAGCUUUACAGCCAUAGACACACUGUUUACCGCAGGAAUUUCAUUGUGCAAUGCUAAAAAUCCACCCGCUUCACUUGAUGACCAAGAUCAAGUCAAACGUGUUAAGGACAAUCAAGAUCAAAUCUUACGCUUUCCCGCUCCUGAAUUUUUCAAUAAAGAUAAAUUUGGUUGGCUCAGUGAUGAAGAAUUUGGUCGUCAAACACUUGCUGGCAUGAAUCCGUUAAGCAUACAGUUACUCACGGAGUGGCCUUUAAAGAGUGAACUUGAUCCUAAAAUAUAUGGACCAGCUGAAUCCAUGAUAACAAAAGAUAUAAUACAAAAACAAAUAAAAUGCUUCAGCACAUUUGAAGAGGCAAAGAUGAAAAAGAGGCUUUUCAUAUUGGAUUAUCAUGAUUUGUUGUUACCAUAUGUGGCCAAAGUAAGAGAGCUUGAAGACACCACAUUAUAUGGUUCAAGGACAGUGCUGUUCCUCGCCGAUGAUGGCACAUUGAAGCCGGUGGCUAUCGAACUCACCUGCCCUCCAAUUGGCGACAAGCCCCAAUGGAAACAAGUGUUUACGCCGAGCAAUCAAUCCAUCGAUUGCUGGCUAUGGAGGCUUGCUAAAGCACAUGUUCUAGCUCAUGAUACUGGAUUCCACCAACUUGUUUCUCACUGGUUAAGGACGCACGCCUCUGUGGAGCCAUAUAUAAUAGCAACAAACAGACAACUAAGUAAAAUGCACCCGAUCUAUAGACUCCUACGUCCACAUUUCCGAUACACAAUGGAGAUAAAUGCUCGUGCUCGAGACAUUCUCAUUAAUGCAGGCGGUGUUAUCGAAAAAGGCUUUUCUCUUGGGAAAUACUGCAUGGAGCUCAGCUCUGUCGCAUACGAUAAGCUUUGGCGUUUCGAUACUCAGGCAUUGCCUGAUGAUCUGAUCAAAAGGGGAAUGGCAGUGGAGCGUCCACUUUUUGAUCAUGGGCUACACCUGACAAUUCAAGACUACCCAUACGCUAACGACGGUCUACUGCUUUGGGAUGGAAUCAAGCAGUGGGUUGAUGACUAUGUGUCUCACUACUACCCAGAAGCACAUAAGGUGGAGUGCGACACUGAACUUCAACAAUGGUGGCAUGAAGUUCGAACCAAAGGACAUGAAGACAAGAAAGAUGAGAAAUGGUGGCCUGUCCUAAAUACCCAACACGACCUAAUCAAAGUUUUAACUACAAUAAUUUGGGUGGCUUCGGGCCAUCAUGCAGCCGUUAAUUUUGGGCAGUAUGCAUAUGCUGGCUACUUCCCGAAUAGACCGACAAUAAUAAGGACCAAUAUGCCAACUGAAAAUAAUGAACAAGAGUACCAAAACUUCUUGAACAACCCUGAAAAAUCACUGCUAAAUACGCUGCCUAAACGGGUUCAGGCAACUACGGUGAUGGCUAUAUUGGAUGUUCUAUCGUCACAUUCGCUCGACGAGGAGUAUAUAGGGCACACUUUGGAGCCAUCAUGGGAAGCGGAUCCUGUUAUUAAAAUGGCAUAUGAAAAGUUUACUAACAAGAUGGAAAUGCUAGAUGCGAUUAUUGACGAUAGAAAUAAUGAUCCGAAGAAUAAAAACAGAACCGGGGCUGGAGUUCUUCCUUAUGAAUUAUUCAAGCCACUUUCUAAUAGUGGUGUCACAGGCAAGGGUGUUCCUAAUAGCAUUUCUAUUUAGUGUAUCUUCUCAUGGUAUGUUGUAUUCAGUUGGAUGAUUGAUUUCACUAUAAAAAUUAGUAAAUUUGGGAGGUAUUUAAAUAAA